UUCUUCGGCGCCUGCGCCGGGCGCUGUGCGGGUCACCCGCUUCACUGCGUAUGCGCGUCAAUCCAGCGGCGCACCGGUACUGUUAGCCGUCAGCAGGAACGAUGCCGACUGUCAGCGUUAAACGGGACCUUCUGUUCCAAGCUUUAGGGAGGACAUACACCGAUGAAGAAUUCGACGAGCUCUGCUUCGAGUUCGGCCUGGAGCUGGACGAGAUUACGUCGGAGAAGGACAUAAUCAGCCGCGAGCAGGGCGAUCAGAAAGCCGAGGGAGCCUCGGACGUGGUGCUGUAUAAGAUCGACGUACCGGCCAACCGAUAUGACCUGCUGUGUCUGGAGGGACUCGUCCGAGGGCUGCAGGUCUUCAAGGACAAAAUGGAAGCCCCACGUUACCAGCGUGUGAGUCCAGUGAACGGAGACCCACAGCGACUCAUCAUCACUGAAGAGACGGCGAGCGUGAGGCCUCACGCCGUGGCUGCCGUGCUGCGGAACAUCACGUUCACGCCGGAGCGCUAUGACAGCUUCAUCGAGCUGCAGGAAAAACUGCACCAGAACGUCUGCAGGAAAAGGACGCUGGUCGCCAUAGGAACCCACGACCUGGACACCAUCUCGGGGCCGUUCACAUACACGGCUAAAGCACCGGAGGAAAUCCGCUUCAGACCGCUGAAUCAGAGUCAGGAGUACACGGCCACUCAGCUCAUGAGCCUCUACAAGACGGACAACCACCUGAGACAUUAUCUGCACAUCAUUGAGGACGAGCCACUUUACCCCGUCAUCUAUGACAGCAACGGAGUCGUCCUGUCCAUGCCUCCCAUCAUCAACGGUGAUCACAGCAAAAUUUCGGUCAACACGAGGAACGUUUUUAUCGAGUGCACAGCCACGGACGUCACUAAGGCAAAGAUAGUACUGGACACGAUCGUGACCAUGUUCAGCGAAUACUGCGACGAGCCGUUCACGGUUGAGGAGGCGGAGGUGGUGUAUCCUGAUGGCAGGAUGUUCUCCUAUCCUGAGCUGGCCUAUAGGACGGAAACCCUUUCAGCAGACUUCAUCAACCGCAGAGUUGGCAUCAGUGAGACAGUUGGCAGCAUCGCCCAUCUCCUGACCCGGAUGUGUCUGAAGUCGGAGGUCACGGGCGAAGCCGAUCAGAUUCAAGUAGAAAUCCCGCCAACUCGCUCCGAUGUCAUUCACGCCUGUGACAUCAUGGAAGACGCCGCCAUGGCAUACGGUUUCAACAACAUCACCAGGACAACGCCGCGCACCUACACAGUCGCCAAUCAGCUCCCUCUGAACAAGCUGACUGAACUGUUGAGGUCAGAUCUGGCAGCAGCAGGAUUCACUGAAGCUCUCACCUUCGCCCUGUGUUCUCGAGAGGACAUCGCGGACAAACUGGGAAAGAACAUCACCGAGAUGAGAGCCGUACACAUCUCCAACCCUAAAACCGCUGAAUUCCAGGUGGCGAGGACUACACUGCUGCCCGGGCUCCUGAAGACCGUGGCUGCAAACAGAAAGAUGGCGCUACCGCUCAAAUUAUUCGAGAUCUCGGAUGUGGUGCUGAAGGACGAAGACAAAGGAUACGGUGAGGAGAAAUUCCACACAGUGCACUUUGUGUGUGUGUGUGUGUGUCAGAUGUGGGAGCACGUAACAACAGACGUCUGUGUGCGGUUUACUACAACAAGACACCGGGCUUCGAAGUCAUCCACGGCCUCCUGGACCGGCUCAUGCAGUUGCUGGACGUCAAACCGGGUCGUAACCAUGGCUACCACAUCCAGGCAUCAGAAGACUCCACCUUCUUCCCGGGCCGCUGUGCUGAAAUCUUUUUCGGCGGGAAAAGCAUCGGGCGCCUCGGCGUCCUCCACCCCGACGUCAUCAGCGCCUUCGAUCUCACCCUGCCUUGCUCUGCACUCGACGUCGACAUCGAGCCCUUCCUAUAAAGUCUCUACUUAAAUCACACCCACACAGUGAACUUUACAUGCUGUUACUGACGCAUCCUGUAGCUCCGCCCAUAUCGGGAUGUAGUAGGUGGAGUCUUCUCUCUGUCUUGCGUUUAGGGUGAAGGGCACGACUCUGUCUCUCUCUUCAUGUAAUCAUUAAUAAACAGAUAUCUCUAUGUACUUUG